GCUGAUCAAUGGUGGGAUAACCGUCAAUAUAGAAGAAACAAACGUGUCAAAAAGCAAAAAAAGUUUUUAUGGAAUGUAAAAAAAUCAACUGUGGAACAGUGGGACAAAUUUGCAUCUGCCUUAGACGAAGAAUUAUCAACUAAUACUGGGAUCCUAAAUGAAAAUACAA